GAGGAAAGGUGCGCACAAUGUCUGACCCAUCCUCGGAAAUAGUUCUUCAACUCGACUCGUAUCUGAUUUGACUUUUUACCACUUUCGCUCCUGUGUCACAAGAUCGGAUUUUUAACAGCUUCCCCCCGCAGCUUUAGUGACAUUAAAUUCGGUGCGCAACAGCUGAGGAGAAAGGUUCUUUCAGUUCUCCAAUGAUGGACGGCAGACAAUCGUCAAGGACUUUCACACCUGACUGUGCAGCUUUUGCCAACACAUGAAAGGAAGAAACAUGUUUUGUCUGAUGAAAUCUCGGAGCUUAUCAGACAGCAGCAAGGCUAUGGGGAUCAGAAAUGGGACAAAAAUCCGACAUCACUCCAAACCCAUCUCUAAAUUAUACUUUAUUUUUAUUCUGCUGCUGCUCAUCUUUACGCCGAGAGUAGAUUCAUCGUGGUGGUACAUCGGAGCACUGGGUGCUCGGGUGAUCUGUGACAACAUUCCCGGCCUGGUGAGCAAGCAGCGGCAGCUGUGCCAACAGCACCCGGAUCUGAUGCAGUCCAUCGGUGAAGGAGCCAAAGAGUGGAUCAGGGAGUGUCAGCACCAGUUUAGACACCACCGCUGGAACUGCAGCACGCUGGACCGGGACCACACGGUGUUUGGCAGGGUGAUGCUGCGAAGCAGCCGAGAGGCAGCGUUCGUGUACGCCAUCUCUUCAGCAGGAGUGGUCUAUGCCAUCACCAGGGCCUGCAGUCAGGGGGAGCUAAAGAUCUGCAACUGUGACAGUCACAAGAGAGGGCGAGAGAACGACGAGAGGGGCACUUUCGACUGGGGUGGGUGCAGCGACAACAUCAACUACGGCAUAAAAUUUGCAAAGGCCUUUGUAGAUGCUCGAGAGAGGAUGGUGAAAGACGCUCGUGCACGGAUGAACCUGCACAACAACCGGUGCGGUCGGAUGGCAGUGAAGCGCUUUAUGAAGCUGGAGUGCAAGUGUCACGGGGUCAGCGGCUCCUGUUCUCUGAGAACCUGCUGGCUGGCGAUGUCUGAUUUCAGGCGAACUGGAGACUACCUUCGCAAGAAGUACAACACAGCCAUUGAGGUGACCAUGAACCAGAUAGCUGCUGACAGGGACUUCAAGGAAAGCAGCAAGAAUGAGUUAGUGUACAUCGAGAACUCACCAGAUUACUGUCUCAUGGACCCCACAGCAGGCUCGUUGGGCACGGCAGGCAGAGUGUGCAACAAGUCCUCAAGAGGCACAGAUGGCUGUGAGGUCAUGUGCUGUGGGCGGGGCUACGACACCAUGCGUGUCAAACGCGUCAACAAGUGUGACUGCAAGUUCAAGUGGUGCUGUGCGGUGGAGUGCAGUGUCUGCGAGGAAGUGGUGGACGUUCACACCUGCAAGCCCCACAGGCGACCCGAUUGGUUGGACAUAACCUAACGAGGAGACCUGACCAAUCAUAGUCGACAUUGACUCAUUAACCUGCGCGCUAAUGACUGCAUUUUAUUAUGGGAUAUAUAAUUGGGAUCUUUUAACUGUAAUACCUCUGGCUUUCGAUCCAUUGACACUUCCUGAAGCAGAGACUUCACAGAUCUUGAUGCUAAACUGGAAAUCAGAACCAGUUACUGAUGGUGUGCUGCUUUAAUACGAACAAUUUGUUGAGCUUUUAUAAGACAAACUUUGGAUCUUUGAUACAAAAUGGCUGAAUAUUAUAUUAUUCUGAUGAAAAUGCACCCUUUGUUAAGGCACAGAUAUGAGGUAAUGUCUGCUUGUUUUACAUUAUGUGAAGCAUGUGUGAGCAUGACAUAGCUCAAAUUGAUGAUGAUUAUAAUAACAGUAAUAUUUAGUCUGAAAAGAGAGAUGUAAAGAAAGAUGGAGAGAUAUUGUAAAAACAGACAUGGUGUCAUUUAAAAUGAUAUGAAGUCAUUGUAUAGUACUGCAAAUCAUAUAAAUCACUAAAGACAGUUGCUGCUAAUUGGUGAAACUCUAACAAAUUAACAAAAGGUCAGAGGGACCUUAUGAAAAAGUUCAGACAAUCACACUGUGAAUGCAAAUGAACCACGGAUGGGAGAACAUGCAAAGACUUUCAUGCAGCAUGGGCUGCUUCUUGCAGAGCUUAACUUAACUGGCAGGUUCUCGGGAGAAAAUGGACACACCAACAGGAAAAAUUAAGCUUCAUAUGGACUUUGGAGUAUCUUUCAUAGAAUAUCCCACAUGUCUGUAAUUGGUCUGACACAUUCUGGCAGUGUUGCCUUAUGGAAAACUUAAUAAUUUCUACCUCUGGUUCUUGGUCUUUGUUUCCAUUUUUUGUUUCAGUGCUACACAGACAAGCUUCAAACUAUUGUCUUUAGGACAUGUUCAGAAAACAGCCCUGCAUAAAACAACACAGGCUGCUUAGUCAUUUCAAUUAGGCUACUGCUGCAAAAAAAAUGUAAUGUUGUCUGGUAAGAAUGUUGAAACAAGCUCAAGUUUUGCUGCAACACAAUGCAGCCUUUCUUGUGUAGGCAAUUCAACUACAUGCAAGUGCUCGUUCAAUGUGGAUUACUUAAUGCAAAUACAGAAAUUCUAGUGUUUAACUGAUGAUCGUCAUGAAGCAAAGUUGUCAAACCCAGUGUAAUAGUAUUACAAACUGCUGUGCAGUGAUUUGUUGUCUGAUAAGCAUAAAAAUGAUUUGCCAUUUACAGCUUCCCUUUCUGAAUGUUAUAUCAAGAUCCCUUAAACAACAUGCCGCCACCAACACGGCUGUUUUUGAUCUAAUCUGCAGCCUUUGUUAUUUGCCAAGGUUGAGCUACUUCCAGUUUCUCUUGGUCAUAGCUGAUUCUUAAUUUCCAUCCACCCCUCGUGCCUCUAGUUUGAUGGUAGUGAACUCCAACUCCAAAAGUCUAUGGAAAUGUUUUUCCUUUGAAAUCUUAACAAUACAUGAUUUUGUUUUUGUAAAAACCCUGCAUUGAUGUAAAAGUCAACUUUUAAAGCUAUGGAUCACUUCUGGUGAGAAACAUUUAACAUUUAAAAGAUUUUAAAGGAGGUAAGGUGUUUACCCUUGGAUUGCUGUCCAGGAGCUUUGUGCUCAGGUAAAUCUGUUUUAUUAUUUUCUUUGGGUGCUGCUGGGUCCCAGUUGAUGAACUGAAACUUUACUGAUCUGAAGAAAACAUUUUGCUAAGUUGUGAUGAUGGUUCAUGAUCUCUGUAAUUUACGGUGCUACACAGCUCAUUUUAAAUUAGCCUCACAUCUUUGUCACCAACAGUUUACACUGCUGUUAACGUAACAUGAUCUCCCACAAACUAGACUAGACAUUAAUUACAUUAAUAAAAGUCCCACAACAUUUAAAUGCUGCUAUAUUUUUUAUAGAUCUGAACUAAAACUGAACAGCAAGGUGUGUACUGUAAGCUGAAGAUCCUAAUAAUACAUGGAUAAUAUUAAAAACAAUGUUCAUACAGAGCUUAAAUCUGUACAGAAUCAUGUUACCAUUCUCAAACCAGUUAUUGUUAUUAUACACACACUGUCUCUAAUCUCAGUGGUGGGCUGUAUCUUACAUUUUUUUCUCGCUACUUGGUCUUCAUUACAAAGGCCAGCAGAGCAUAUUUCUUCUGUCAUCAUAUUGUGACAGAACACUUUUACAAUGCAAUCUUAAGCAACUGUGCUUUCAGUCCUUUGUGCACAUAUUCACUGGCUCUGACUGGUUUGUAAGAAGUGAAGUAUUUCAUGAAACUGGGCCAAGAUAUUGCAGAAAGAGCAGCGAAGUAGCUGCGGACCCUGAAUUUGACUUUUCAACAUCUGGUAAUGCAGCCAGACAUCAUGUUAGGCCAUUGGAGACACAAACCUCAGAGGGGUUUAUAGAUCUAAAUGAAUCUGACAACAAGCUGUGGAUGCUGAGAGUCAACACAUUUUUUCAAGUCCACGUAAUGAGGAGGGGAGCCAAAGUAAAGUGCUUUGAAUAAGACCAAAUGACACACCAUGUCAAACGUUCACAAGUCAAAAGUUAAUUGCAAACAAAAAAAAGAGGUUGUUCUGAAUGUAAAAGAAGAGUAUGUUGGCUGUGUUUUUCUUAAAGAUUGGAAACACACACACACCACACACACACACAAUGGGUGACAACCCGGGCCUAUGCUGCUCUGGCCCUCAAAAAUUCAUAUUUCAAUUCCCCAGUUUGUAGUGAGUGUAAUAAAGCACAACACUGACAAUUCCAGUCUGUUAUGAAAUUUAACAUUUUAUGCCUAAAUCCACAUUGGAAACCACUGGGCCGGCACUGACCCGUGCUAUGGAUUUAUAUUGGUUGAGGGUUAGUGUCGUGGUUACAUGCAUUAAUUCGGGUCCUCGACAUUAAAAUAUUUUCAUUUUCAGAUGCGCUGUGGUUACAUUUUAGCCAAAAAGAACAAACUUUUUUUUUUUUUUUAAAUACGUUAAUGAUACCUUGAAUUUUUCACAGUUUUCAGGCCGAUGCCACAUUUUUACAUCCAAGCCAAUAAUUUCCCCUGUCAGCAUUUAAUGCACCUGUGUUCUAGGAGGUAUUUGCACUUUUAAAAUGCAGGUCCCAAAAUACCUUACUGUCUCUAAAUUAAACCUUGUUGAUCCACCCUCUGUCACUCCUAUUAGAGGUCUCUUCACUUCCAGCUUAUAUGGUCUCUGAGUUUUAACCCUCAUUCUGUUACGGCAGGGAGGGGAUAAAGAUAAUACGACAAACCAUGUUGGUGUUUUAAAGUUCAGUCACUUCAAUGUCAGUAUAUUUUCCAGAGACAUAACUGAACUGGCUCACUGUACAUAGCAACAUUCACAAUACAUUUCAAAAGUUAAAAUAUAACAUUAUCUUUAAGGAUUCAUCAGGGGGGUUUCUUUCCAAAGUAAAUCAUCUAAGCUUUACACACGGAGUGUAGAUUAAUAAUUCUUUGCUGAUCUUUAAAUCUGCCGUGGUAUGCGUGCUGCUUUGCCCCCCCACAACGCGUGAUCCAGAUGAACUCUGUAAAAAUAACAGGAGUGGCAUCGCAGGCAUUCUCUGUGAUAUCAAAUGGGCAUCUCAAUUUAACAACAUUUCAGAACUAAAAUUGUCCCGGUGGGGAGAGACUAACAGUGUGGUCCA